AUGGAAAACUUUUGCUUCCCACAAGCGCCAACCGUUGAUGUCGAAAAUUGCACACCGAGCUCUGCGGGAAAUGGUGGAGUUGAAUUACACCUUGAUUGUCUUUGGGGGGACCCUACAAGAGAAGUCCGAGAACUGGAGGGAUUCCAAUGGUCGACCUUAGAUAAAGUUAGAGAGAAAUUAUUGAGA